AUGUUUGGAAUUCAAGAUACUUUAGGAAGAGGACCGAUUCUGAAAGAUAAAUCUCUAGGUUCUGAGAUGGAUUCCGUCAGGUCCUGGGUCAGAAACGUUGGGGUUGUGGAUGCAAACGUAGCAGCACAAAGCGGAGUAGCUUUGUCCAGAGCCCACUUUGAAAAGCAGCCACCCUCCAACUUGAGGAAAUCCAAUUUCUUUCACUUUGUUCUGGCUCUCUACGACAGACAGGGGCAGCCGGUGGAAAUAGAGAGGACAGCUUUUGUGGACUUUGUAGAAAAUGAUAAAGAGCAAGGCAACGAGAAGACGAACAACGGCACCCACUACAAACUGCAGCUGCUCUACAGCAACGGUGUCAGGACAGAGCAGGAUCUCUAUGUGAGGCUCAUUGAUUCUGUCACCAAGCAGCCUAUAACUUAUGAAGGCCAGAACAAGAACCCCGAGAUGUGCAGAGUGCUGCUCACCCACGAAGUCAUGUGCAGUCGGUGCUGCGAGAAGAAAAGUUGUGGCAACAGAAAUGAGACCCCAUCUGACCCUGUGAUCAUUGACAGAUUCUUCCUAAAAUUUUUUCUCAAGUGCAAUCAGAAUUGCUUGAAAACAGCAGGAAACCCAAGAGAUAUGAGACGGUUCCAGGUGGUGCUAUCGACAACAGUGAACGUGGAUGGGCACGUGCUGGCUGUGUCUGACAACAUGUUUGUGCACAACAACUCCAAGCACGGGCGGAGGGCGAGGAGGCUCGACCCCUCGGAAGCCACGCCCUGCAUCAAAGCCAUCAGCCCAAGCGAGGGGUGGACCACAGGAGGAGCCAUGGUGAUCAUCAUCGGGGACAACUUCUUUGAUGGGCUGCAGGUGGUGUUUGGGACCAUGCUGGUGUGGAGCGAGCUGAUCACACCUCACGCCAUCCGCGUGCAGACGCCGCCCCGGCACAUCCCCGGCGUGGUGGAGGUGACACUGUCCUACAAAUCCAAACAGUUCUGCAAAGGAGCACCAGGCAGGUUCAUCUACACAGCUUUAAAUGAACCUACCAUAGACUACGGCUUCCAAAGACUGCAGAAGGUCAUCCCAAGACAUCCUGGGGACCCAGAAAGAUUAGCUAAGGAAAUGCUGCUGAAAAGAGCUGCUGACCUGGUCGAGGCCCUGUACGGAACCCCCCACAACAACCAGGACCUGAUCCUGAAGCGCGCGGCCGACAUCGCCGAGGCUCUGUACAGCGUUCCCCGCAACCCCGCGCAGAUCCCGGCGCUGUCCAGCUCCCCUGCCCACAGCUCCAUGAUGGGCAUCAACUCCUACGGCAGCCAGCUGGGCGUCAGCAUCUCUGAGUCAGCGCAGGGCAACAACCAGGGUUACAUCCGGAACACUAGCAGCAUCUCGCCCCGGGGAUACUCGUCCAGCUCCACCCCGCAGCAAUCCAACUACAGCACGUCCAGCGGCAGCAUGAACGGCUACAGCAACGUGCCGAUGGGCAACCUGGGCGUGCCCGGCUCGCCCGGCUUCAUCAACGGCUCCCCGACCGGGUCCCCCUACGGAUUGAUGUCUUCAAGUCCCACAGUUGGUUCCUCCAGCACUUCUUCCAUCCUCCCAUUCUCCUCCUCGGUGUUCCCUGCUGUCAAACAGAAGAGUGCCUUUGCUCCUGUCAUCAGACCCCAAGGGUCCCCCUCUCCUGCCUGUUCCAGUGGCAAUGGGAAUGGGUUCAGAGCCAUGACUGGUCUUGUCGUUCCCCCGAUGUAAGGAAGGGGCAGCUUUGCUGCUCUCCCUCUUCCCUUUUUUCCUCCUUUUUUUUUUUUUCAUUUUUCUUUUACAGCACAAAACUACUUAUUGUGAUGGACCACUAAAAAGGAAAAAAUAGCACUAAAAGCUCUUUUUUGGGGGAAAGCCAGGCCCAGGAAAAAAAAAAAAAAAGCAACUUUUUUUAUGGAUUGGACAAGAUAGAAGUCUGCAUCAUUUACCUGUUUCAUAUUUCUGACACAACCACAUCAACUCCACAAACAUUAGGAAUGAAGAAUCAGCAAGAGCCAGGAUGAACAAGAGUUGGCAGAAUGGAAUUAGAAAUGCAAAGUCUUUCCUGGAAGAAAAGAAAACCUUCCUAAGAUUUGUAAAAUAUUCAAAGGAAAAAAAGAAAUUGGCAAAAUGAUUCAAGCUUGAUAUUUUGGAUACAAUUUGUUUUACUUUGUAGGGGUAAAAAAAGCUGAAGUUUCUAUUUUCUAUGGAGCCUUUCAGAUAUUGAUUUAGUUUAUGCAGAAAAACAAUUCAACAAAACAGGGUACCAGCAUGAAAGAAUUUCUAGGACAAACUGACAUGAAUGAUGGAACUUGGUGUAUGUGUGUAUUUGCUUAUAGUUUAACCUCUUUAAAAAAUGUAAGAUGUUUUACAAUUAUUUAAAUAAAUAAACUUGUAACUUAUUGUAUGUAGAGGUAGAAAUUAAACCCUUUUUUGGACUUUUUUCCUCCAGUUGUACAAUGAAGAAAGAUGAUGCAAAAAUGUAGUGAUAAGUUUGAGAUAUAUUAUUACUGCUGCAAUUGUUCCUCACUUUCCCCCCUCUUAUUGAAUUCUUGUGCAAGGAUGUAUAGGAUUCUUUCUGAUUAACAAAACCCUCAGAAACUUUUACCUACAUUGUGCUAAACAGGUCAUGUAGGAAUUUUUUCACCCUCCUCAUCUUUUCCCCCCCUUUCCAUUUUUUGCUUCAAUUAAAAUAUUCAGGUACUAAGAUUAACUGCUAAGUCUCAAAGACCCAGCUGACGAGUGAGUGGCACUUAGGGAUUUGAGUGAAUCGGAUUUUUCAUGAGGUACUGAGUUUAUUUUAUAGAUUCAAUGUAUGAAUUAGGAGGGGAAGGGUUCUCUGUGGUUUUUCCAUGUAGUUAGAACACCUUAAAUUCAGUUAUGCUUCAUAUUAAGGGUGCAUUCAUAAAGGGUGAACAUGUAUUGGAGUGAUUUAUGCACUUUUAUCCUGAGUCAUUUAAAAUGGUAAGUAUUUGCCAGUUAUAUAUUGAGGUUCAUAGAGGUUAUCAAUUGCUUUGAAUUUUUCUGCAUUUUAGCCUAAAAAAAAAUAAUUUAGUUCUCCUUUGCAUCUCCUUUCCUGAAAUUGGAAGGUGAGGACAAGUCUAAUAAACUAAACCACAAAGUAUCCAACUAAACCAGAGAACAUUCAAAAGAAUUUGGUUGUUGGAAGGCUGUUUUUAGUGGGGGAAAAAAAAUCAGCUACACUGUACAGAGACCCCUCUAAAAUCCACACAAUUAAUGGCUGCAUGGACAUUGCUCCUAUGGAAACACCUUGAUGCUAAUCAAUAAACCCUAAAUAAGGCCCCAGGAUCUGAACUUAUCUAUUUGCCCAGUAGUUUUUUAUGGAUGGGUAAGGAAAAAUUGUGUUCUUGGUGACCUUUAUGGAUGGUAGAAGCUGAGUUGUGAAAUUGGGACAACUCACAUGGCUGAGCUCAUUUGGGGCUGGUGUGGAGAUAAAUUGGGAUUAGGAAGAGCCAAAAAUCCUCUCUGCAGACCCACAGCUGGAUGGGGAUGGGAGGCUGAGGGGGGAUGACCUGAAGGACAGGUUUUGGGCACAGCCCAAAGAGAGCAGGGCGUGGAACCAGAAAAUCCUGGAAUGGUUGGGUUGGGACAUAAAACUCAGCCAGUGCCACCCCUGCCAUGACAGGGACACCUUCCACUGCCCCAGGGACAAGGUCCUGCAAGUUCCUUUUCCUGGUGUAGAGCCCAGUUCAGUUUAUGGGAUAAAUCCACCCACUGCACGUGGACUCUUAAAGGAUUUCUCAGAGGGUCUGGAGACACCCACUGGGCUGCUCUGGCCAUUCCUAAAGGAAGUCCCAGUGUUGGCAGGGGGUUUUGUACUCCUGACUGUGCUGGGAGGUUUGGCAGGGUCUUCAUUUGGUGCCUUCUCAAUGCCAUUGAUUCCCUUUUUAAAAAGUGGAGGGAGUUAAUCUCUUCUAGGAUUAGAUCUCUUCUAAAACUCAAGGCCCAGCUCAUAUCAGCAAAAACAAUAAUUUUAAGAGAGAUUUGGUGGGAAUAAUAUGGGUUUAAGAAACAUGGUUAUAAUUAAUAUUUUGCAGUCAGGCUACUGAAGCUGUCUGAGUUCCACAAAAAAUGAAAUAAAAUAAAUCCCUGUUAAUUAUGGCUGCAGGUCGAUUGUCCUUA